ACGAGGAAAAAUCUCUUACACAUUCCUGCGAAAGAGAGUAUGAAAGGCAAUAAACGCAGACUCGUUCGCCUAUACGCUGAGAAUGCAGGUUCCUUUGCAACUUCAAUAAAACCGAGUCGUUUGAUAUUUGCUGGUGCUUAUUUCUUAUAUAAAGAAGGCAAUUAUAUUUGCAAAGAGAAGAAAUCACAGAUAAGAAACUUUGUAAGGACAAGGAGCUGAGGAUUACGCAAGACUAAGUUUCAAAUUGGAAAGAAAUUGACUGUUUUUUAAUAUUUCAACAAUGGUUUCGAUGAUUGCAAACUGUGUGCAUGGGGAAUCGCACAAGGCUUGGAUGAGGGCAACGAACAAGAUUUGUAAAAGAAAAUAUAGAUCAGAUAAUCACAGAAAAGGGUUAUAUAGAUUGCCGCAGAUCAGUACUGACUCCUUAACAGAUGUACUUUGUCAGCAUCUGCAAUAUGCCCUCCAAUUUGGCAGUAUUGACUCCUUAGAUGACGUACUCAAGGAAUGUUUCUUAGACUUGGGGUUAUUUCCCGCAGACAAGAAAAUAUGUGCUGAUGCACUUUUGGAUAUUUGGGUUUAUGUUCGAAAGCUACCAAGGCAUAAUGCUUCUGCCAUCUUACCAGAACUCGCAAGAAGAAAUCUGCUAAAUUUAACUAGCAAUGCGAGAGAAAGUACAACAAUCCAAUAUGGAAAUGCUUCAGAGGUAUACUUUUCCCAGCAUGAUGGAACGCGAGAUUUGGCCUUGUAUUUUGGGCACCUUGACAAUAUACUACACCGCAUUCCGCAAGAGGUUGGUCAUAGAAAGGAAGGACUUUUGUUCGUUAGAGAAAUGGGAGUUGCUCAGAGACAGAGCAUUUGACACUCAAAUUCUCUCCAUUCUCACCGGCCCUAUAGACGAAAAUGACUGGUAUGAUAUGAAUUUCCCUGAAACAGAGGCUCUGUUUUUAUUCUUUUCUUCAACAGAAUACUUUCUUCCCCAAUUUCUGAAAUCGAUGAAGAAACUGAAGUUUCUGAUGAUAUACAAUUGCGGUACAAACAAGGCAAUAGUGAAAGGUCUAGAUGUCUUAUCAUCACUCACUCAACUCAAGAGUGUCCGCUUGGAGAGGUUGAUUUUACCCUUUGCUGAAGAACAGGGCAUUGAAGAACUGCAGAACGUAGAGAAGCUAUCUUUGAGCUUAUGUGAAGGAUUUGAAAAUAUAUCCACAUUCACCAAGGUACAAGAUUUUAACCUGGACCACAGCAAUGAUUCGGAGUUACCUUUUGGUAUCUGCAAUAUGCCCUCUACUCUGUCAUGCUCUAUUACCAACUGCCAUCAGCUUCAAAUUUUACCAUAUGAUUUUGGAAAUAUGAGCAAUCUGAGAAUGUUGAGAUUAUCGGCAUUACCACGCCUGGAACAGCUUCCUGUGUCAAUUGGGAAACUUGUACGGUUGGAAUAUUUAGACAUUUCACUAUGCGAGGGCUUGAAAGAACUUCCAAAGGAAAUAGGCCAGCUCAAGAAAUUGAGGGAGCUUGAUAUGAGAGAAUGUACUCGUUUGAUGGCGCUACCUUCAACUGUUUGUGAACUAAGUUCCCUGAAGCUUGUUACCUGUGAUGAGACGAUAGGGAAGCAAUGGUAGCGAGCCAAGAACAUUUCUAUUCUUGAGCUUAGAGUUCAAUUUGUGGAAGCACGCUUUAGUUUGGAUUGGCUUGAUGAUUGACUUCUUUUAUUAUAUCUUAUCUUGAAGAAAACGUUCCAAGGAUCUUGACAUCCUUUGUAAAGUUUUCAUUAUUUGUUUCCAUGUUCAUUGGCACAAAUCAAUACAAGGUCCUCUAGAUUUUCAGCCAAUGAUCAAGUUUUAUGGCGGUUCAGUACAGUAUACGUUCUUCAAUGCAUUGUACAUGCAUAACAAACGUAUUCUAAUAAGUUUGUAAUGGGUUCGCAUAACAAUUAAAUUUAUCUGCGUAUCUUCUCUGAAAGUAUAUUAAAUUAAUCCAAUGCUUAUAAGUUUUCAAUUUUCUA